AUGAUGGAGAAACAACAACUUGAAACAAUGCUUUUUAUUGAAAAAUUUUAUUAUUCAAAUAAAUCUAUUAAAUCUCAUCCAAAACGACGAAUAAUUGCUGAUUGUUUAAAUAAAUUAACUGAAGAUGAACGAAUAUCUGAUGAUGUAUUUGCAUUAACAAUGAAUAUAUUCGAUCGUUUUAUUUCUCAAACAUCUUUAAAAAUAAUCGAAGAACGUUAUUGUAAAUUAAUAGCUUUAUCUUGUUAUAAUCUAUCAAAAAAAUUACGUACAAAUAUUUUAAUUAAUAAUGAAAAUGAACAAAUCUCAUCGAUAUUUUCAAAUGAAAAUUACAGUGCUGAAGAAAUAUUUAAUACGGAAGAAAUAAUUUGCAGUACACUUGAUUGGGAUUUAGCUAAUUUUGUUCCACAUGAUUAUAUAAAAUAUUUUUUAUCACAUGAUAAUCAAACACAAAUUCAUAUACAUGUUCAUAUACUUUUAUCAAUUGCAAUAUGUGAAUUAAAUACAUUAACAAUAUUACCUAGUCUUCUUGCAUGUGCAUGUAUAAAAGCAGCAAUAAAAGGUCUUUCAUUCAAAAAUAUUCAUUAUAUUGAUGAAUUAAUAUUAAAUACACUUCACUAUGAAGAAAUUGAACUUAUUCAUACACAAUAUCGAAUUGAACAAUUAUUUCAAUCAUGUUUACAAAAUAUUACACCAUCACCAAGACGUCCAUGUUUAGCACUAAUUGAUACAAGUCCACAACAACGAACAAAAGUUAAAUAA